CUACCCGUGCUCUCUGCCCAGAAGCUGCUUGGGGGAUCCCUCUCUUGGUGAGGAAUCAAACAUAAAUGUACCCUUUGGGCUUCAUCUGGGCCUUUGUGGUUGUUGCGGUGCCCUGCCCGUGGUCACUCCCACUGACAGUUCACUGCACAGCAAAGGCAGGCUUAGUGCCUGCUCCACAAUGCAGGAAGAAACUAAGAACAUGAGAUGCCACAGACAGGACACUGACACAGCAGAUGAAGAACUGGUUUAGCUGUAACUCAAGUCUUAAACUGAUUGAAAGAAAAAUAGUGAGGCCUCUCCUGUCCUGCGAGACUUUCCAGCGCUUUUCAGUCACUAAAGGGCUCCAGAUGGGCUGGGGAGGGACUUGGCACAAGGGCCUUGAAUGACAGGACAAGGGGCAACGGCUUCACACUGCCAGACAGCAGGGUUAGAUUGGGAAUUGGAAAGAAAAUCUUCCUGCGAGGGUGGUGAUGCCUUGGCACAGGUUGCCCAAAGAAAUUGUGUCUGCCCCAUUCCUGAAAGUGUCCAGGGCCAGGCUGGAUGGGACUUGGAGCAACCUGGUCUAGUGGAAGGUGUUCCUGCCUAUGGCAGGGGAUUGGGAAGAGAGAAUCUUGGAGGUCCCUUGCAGCCCAAGUCAUUCCAUGACUCCAUGACUUCAUCAGUCUGUGACCCAGUGGCUCGCAGGGGUGAGCUGUGCUGCCUGGCAACGGGAGUUGUGAUGAAAAGGGGCGUGAGCAGAGCAGGCUCCAGUCCUUUGAUGGACAAGGAAGGAGGAAGGAGCCUGCUGGCUACUCAUCCUUUUUAUUAUUGCUUUUGCUCACCCCUGACGGACCCAGCUGUUUAGGAAGGAUUGUGAGAAAUCAGGGACAGAGUCCCUGUCUGUGUGUGCAGACAUGGCAACAUCCCUGGACACACUCAGCCUCUCCCAGAUGCUGGAUCUCGCCAUCGGGAUGCCCCAGAAGGGAGCCAUUCACUUUGCAGCCUUGCGAAAACUGCUGCAGGCCGUGCUGGAGCACCUGGACGUGCAGUACCUGAGCAGCCAGGAGCCGUGGCCGGGCCAGCUGAGUGGCCCCUCACUUGCUGACCUGGCCACUGACAUGGGAAAGAUGAAGAGGGAGAUGGAAGACUACAAGAAACACAUGUCCAAGGUUCUUCGUGAGGAGAUUGCUGGCAUAAAGGCAGAAAAUUCCCGCAUAUCAGAGGAUAUGAGGAAGAUCCAGAAGAGCCAGUCCCAUAUGGCAGGGAACAUGAAGAAGAUCCAGGAGAUGCAGGACAAGGACACGACUCUCAUCCGGGAUCUCCAUGAGGAGAUUGACAAAAUAAAGACAACACAGAUCUGCAUGGAAGGAGACAUAAAGAAGAUUAAGGAGUCCCUUGCCUUAAUGAAGAAGAUCGGAGAGGACCUUAAAAAGCUGAGGCAGGAUGCAGCCAAGUGGAAGGAAGAGAGCAGUAAGGAGAUCUCUCAGCAAAUAGAGGCUUUGCGGCAGGAGACAAAACGUGAUCUGCAGAAGAUGGGAGAGCAGCAGGAGAUGAGGAAUGCCAUGCUGGAGCAGCUGGUGACAGAGACAGCCAACAAAGUGAACGAGCAGCUUGGCGGUACAGGAGAGACAACUGUGGGCCUACUGGAGGAGCUGGAAGGGGAGAACGGAGACUGCUCCAGUUGCACCUUCAACAUCAGAGCGCAUUUGGGGAAGCUCCUCCAGCGCUGCGAGAAACUCCAGGAGAAGGUGGAAUGCCUGGAGUCCCGGCAGAUGGCCAUGGGAAAGCUCAAGAAAAUGAUGAGGAACUGGGGCCAGCUGGAGCACGACCAUGAGCGGCUGCGCUACAUGGAGGCUACAGUUGUACGGAUGAAAGGAGACUGCGAGAAGCUCAGCUUUGUUUCUGGGACCCUGCAGAAAGACUCUGAACAAAAGCAGAAGGCAAUCGAGAUGCUGUUCCAGUCUCUGGAGAAGCUGCAGAAGGAGAAAACAGAUGAGCAGGAUGUUCUGGCAGCAAUAGAUGUGAAGGCGGACAAAGCUGCCUUGGGCAGCAAAGUCAAUUGUAGCCAAUUUGAAGCAAAUAUGGAGCGUCUGGAUGAGAGGAUGCAGGAGUUGCAGAGCCGGAUUUCAGACCAGGAGCAGCACUUCAACACUAUGCAGCAGCAGCUCAACCUUGUGGUGGAAGAGAAGCUGGAUCGCCUGGAGCUGAAGACUUUCAGCUCCCAGAUGGAGGACUCCUGGAGCAGGAACAUGGAGGAACUUGAGAAUAGGCUGAUGCGUGAAAACGCUGCUGGCAUUAAGAAGCAGCUGCCAGUCCCUUUCACGUGCCUGUCCUGUGACCGCAUGCUCACCGUGCAGGUUCCUGGCCAGUCCCCCAGGACACUCCCGUAUUUGCAGCCGCUGCCCCCCAGCAAGGAGCCACAGCACAGCCAAAGGAGGCCGGUGGCCCAUGGCAGUGUCCCCGGUGUGCCACCGAGCUCUGGGGACCAUCAGAGCAGCAGCUCCACGAUGCAGAACAACAAGGCUUCCCCACAGAGAAUCGGUCAGCCCCAGGACUUCUUGACAGUCCAGAAAAAGCCCAGUGUGACCCAGCUGCUGGACAGAGAUGGACACAUCUCAAGGGGCCGUAUUGACCAGCAUCCUAUGGCAAUCAGGACACAGCAUGCAUCAGGCCCUGCCGUCUCACGAGAGCACCGGACAAGCACAGCCCCCCGACACAUCUCAUGGGCACCAGGGCUCGUGCAGCCUCUCCAGCCCCGCCAGACAUCAACAGCCCCCAGCCAGCUGGGAAGGACUCAGCGCCCAGUGCUCGAUCUGGGACAUCUUGUCAGAAGCGAGAAGCGCCUGUGACAGUGGUGUUCAGAAAUAUGGUUUUUUAGUUGUACUAAGUUAAUAAAACCCCUUAAAGUUGUAGGCAGAGCCUUGUCUCACCAGCCUCUCUCUUCCCCGGGCUCCCUGAUGCUCCUUAAGCUCCUUCCCCCCUGCUGUGGCUGUGCCACCAGGCUGAGCAGAUCGAGCCCUGGGCCAGGCCCUGAGGCUGCUGCUGGUCCCGUGGCGCCCGCGGGGCAGCUCUGAGCAUCUGGGCCUGCUGUGGCAGCAGGAGCAGCCUGCACAGCCCGCUGCCCUGAUGGGCUGGGAAGCCACGGGCAGAUCCCCCUGGGGACCGGCUGGCACUGCUGGCGCUGCUGCUCCCGGGUGCCGGCCGAAAUCCUUACAGGCAGCCCUGACGCCGACUCAGGAGCUGCUUGGAGCCGUGCCCGACGCCUGGCCCCGACCCCCGGCCCCCAAGUGCACUCGUCCCUUCGUCUCUGCACUGGGACAUUCCAGGCUCAUUUGUCAGCUUCCUCCUCCUCUUCCUUUCUGAGCGGCAGCGUUAGGGGCUGGCCCAGCACGGCCUGGCAGCUCCUUGCCCACAGCUCCUUGUCAGGACCCAGAGCUGCUUUCCAGCCAGGCACCCCCGGGCGUGUAAUGGGGACUGGCAGGGUGAUGCUGAGCAUCCGGGGUGAAUUUGUGCCUUCAGUUUCCCCGGGGGGAGCUGGUUGGGGAGGGUUGCUCGGGAAUGCUGAAUUGGGCCCUGCAUUUCAGCCAGCUGCUCUCUCCUUGCCAGCCCAGAGUGACCCAGCUGCUGGGCAGGGGUGGACACAUCCCGAGGGGCAGGAAUGACCAGCUUCCUGUGCUGAUCAGGACACUGGAUGAGCCAGGCCCUGCCACCUCACGGGAUCACCGGCCAGGCACUGCCCCCCGACACGUCUCCAGGACACCGGAGCUCCUCCAGCCACUCCAGCCCCGUGAGACUUCAACAGCGCUCAAGUAGCCGGGCAGGACUGGGAACCCAGUGCUCCACCAGGGACAUCUUCUCCGCAGACAGAAAAGGCUGUGACAAUUGUUGUCAGAGAAAUAAUUUUUCAUUUUAUUCAGUUAAUAAAAAAACCUUCAGAAAGACAGGCA